AUGCGUUGCUCAAGUCUUGUCGCCGCAUCUCUGGUUGCCGGCGUCCUUGCACGACCUCAGCUCCACGGAAGGCAGCCAAACAUGAUCAUUGAGACCAAGAUAGUCAUCCAGACCGUCGUGGUCACUCUCACCAGAGGCUAUGCUCCACCCACGUCUACGUCUUCGGUCUCCCCUUCUAUCCCUCCUAGUGUGGCCAUUCCGACACCCGAGCCGGAGCCGGAACCUGCCCCCGUGCCAGAGCCCUCGCUGUCCUGGAUUCCCCAUCCCUCGGGCACCGAUCAGGCCUACCUCUCGUCCGGACCCGAUUACAAAGCUGCGGUGCUAUUCCAUCACAACGCUGCCCGUGCAAAUCACAACGCUGAUCCCCUGAUCUGGGACCCCGACUGCGAAGCCAAUGCUCGUAUCGCUGCUAGCAGGUGUAACUUCGAGCACUACAUCCCCAAGGGCGCCGGUCAAGGCCAAAACCUAUUUGUUGUGUCUGGAGAUGCCUUCAACGCCACUGCAGGCAUCUCGAAGAGCUGGUACCAUGGCGAACUUGAUCCAAUGAAGCCUUGGUUCGGCAAAGACAACCUUCCACACGAAGUCUUCGAGCAAGUCGGUCACCUUACACAGCUGGUUUGGAAGGAAACUACGAAGGUCGGAUGCGUCUCACUUGACUGCGGUACAGCCAUGAUCGUCAACGGACAGGGUUCGACCAUGAACAAGUAUACAGUCUGUAACUACGCUCCAGCGGGUAACUUUGGCGGCAAGUAUGCGGCAAAUGUCGAGCCCCCUGUCCCCUCUGCCAAACUCGUCGGCUGGGCGGACUAG